AUGAUGAUAAUAAAUGAUGAUGAUGAUGAUAAUGAUAAUGAAUAUAUUGUAGAAACAACCAAAACGAUUGAGCAUUGUGCUGUUUGCGGUGAUUUAGCGACUGGUUUCCAUUAUGAAGUUGUUAGCUGCAAUGGAUGUAAGACAUUCUUCCGGCGUACUUUGGUCUCCAAUCGAAUUUAUAAAUGCCACAAAAAUGGUAACUGCACAUUUGAUAAAGAUAUGAGAUGUGCAUGUCGAGCUUGCAGAUUUAACAAAUGUGUCGCUGUCGGUAUGAAUCCAAAAGCAAUUCAGUAUAAUCGUAGUGGACGUUUGCCAUCACCUCAAGAAGCUCCAACUCCAUCUACCUCAUCAUAUGCUUCUUAUGAAUCUGAUAUACCUCAACAACAGCUCUCUACUUCAAGUAGUAUGGAGAGAGAGCUAUGUUGUUUACUUCCUCAAACGACAGAUUCCAAUCUUAAACGUUCAUCAGCAAGUCCAGACAGUGAAUCAGCAUCGAAACGAGCUUAUACCAUUUCAGCGCUUCUUGAUUUUCCAAAAUCUGAUACCAUAUCGACUGCAGAUGAAAAUUCUAGAGUUUAUAGUUUGGUACCACGAGAUGGAGUAUUAUACAUAAGUUCUGGUAUAAAUUUUCUCUUAAUUAAAACAGAGUGGAAGGAUUGAUUCAGAUGUUCAAAGGUGAAUAGAACACAAUCAUCGAACGCUAAUAUUACCUCUAGCAUUCGUGAUACUAUUCGAAAGCAUUGCUCAAUCUCUGAGAAGCAUGAACGACUGAUUUCACACCUUCUUCGUGCACAAGAGAUUAUCAAUGAAGUAUUAGAUCCGGAAAAAUGUGACACUUCCAUUUCCAUUCUUGACUUGCUAACACGACCAUCAAUUGUAUCAGCUGCAUUUCCGUUUAACAGUGUUGAUGAUAAACAACAGAAACAGUGUAACAAUAGUCCAGGAGCGAUACUGAACCAGAAGCUCGAGGUUACUGUAGAAUAUGCGAAAACAUUCGAAUCUUUCCAAUGGAUGCCAAUUCAGGAUAAGAUAUUACUACUACGUGACGUUAUAUUCGUACUGAUCUUAUUGGAAACUGCUUAUAAAAGGUCUACUUCAAAAAGUGCGUCUGUCUUGAAUCAAAAAAAUCAACGAGAAAGACAGUCGAUCGAGGAGAACAUUGGGAUGUUGGUGAUAAUAGAAAGUUUUAACAGAGCAAAACUGGAUAAGAAGGAGUUUUUGUUGCUCAAAGCAAUUGCUUUUAUGCAUUCUGAAUGUUCCGGUUUAUCACCAAACAGCUACAGGCAACUGUCAAAUCAACGGCAACUAAUUCUGGAUACUUUAUUUAAUUAUAUGAUGUCCAAACAUGAAAAACAUGGCCCAGUACGUUUCGGUCACGCGUUAUCGGUCCUUUGGUCCGUAUAUGAGGCAACAAAUUCAUAUGUGGAAAGCUUAAUGGAUAUGGAUUUAAAGCCACUCACCACAGAAUUACUAGCUAAUAAAUUGCCAGAACUUCUGACAUAA